GACUACCAUACGUGGUUUGAUUCUCUUAAGGUUAAUAAAAACCACGUAGCUGGAGUAGUCGGAGAUGGUUUGCCAGCCCAGGUUAAAGGACUCUGCCACUGGAGGCCAGAAGGAGCCCUUUUCCCUGGCUUACAAACCGUGUACAUUCGUUGCCUUAACCACGUCUUGAACAAUGCUAUUGUCCACGCACGUAAGCAAUGUCCAUUGUUGAAUGAACUGAUGAAUAGAGUUCACCAGAUUAUCAUUAUCUUUAAGAAUCACGAUAUGAGAGCGAGAUACAAGAUCAGGGUUCCAUCAAUCCCGGAAACUCGCUGGCUCUACAUAUAUGAUACUCUGUUUUUCAUCUUUGAUAAUCUGGAAACAAUUAAUACUGCUUUAAGAAGUGGAGAUCUUCCACUAUCCCUUUCCAGAGCUACACGUGAACAGUUACAAUGGACACGUGAUGGAAUUCCUCCACUCUUUAAAGAUGCUUUAAUGAUAUUCAAGCCAUUAAAGCAACUUCAAUUAUGGCUGGAAUCCAACAAGUCCAUGGGUGCUUAUGCAUUCCUGAUGAUACAACAGUGCCAAGGGAUGUUGGAUGAAAUGGCAGGAAGAUUAACGCCAGAUGGUGAAGAGAUUCUCCGAUCAAUCACUACAAUAUUCAAAAAUGAUAUGAAAGAAUAUGGUAGAAUUGAUUUGCUUCGGUUUGCUUUCGGCUUUACACCGUUAGCAAGGAAGAUCAUCAGAGACAAGAAGGGUUUUGGAGGAAAGACAAGCUAUCCACCUAUAAUGCAGUUGAAAGAUGUGCAAGUCCCAACGAUUCCUUCCCUGAGGAUCAUCAAUCGCGAGAUCACAUUUGAGAAACUCGGCGAAAUCCUUGAAGAAGAACGAACAGAACGUGUUGACGAGGUAGCCGAGCAUGAUGAAGAGAUCCAGCAAGCAGAAGAGGAACAAAUGCUUAACGACGAUCAUGCAGCCGAAACAAAUGCCGAUGGUUCGAGGAAUUCCUUGGUCUGGGAUGUUGUAG